CAGGUUUGUUGCCUUAUCAGAGACAAUGCUGUUGAAAGAAGCUGCUUAACCCCCCACGAUGCCCUUUUCUGACUUUGUCUUAGCCCUGAAGGACAACCCAUACUUUGGGGCUGGGUUCGGCCUCGUGGGGGUGGGCACAGCGCUGGCACUAGCCCGGAAGGGGGCUCAGUUCGGCCUGGUGGCCUUCAGGCGCCACUACAUGAUCACCUUGGAGGUGCCCAGCAAGGAUAAGAGCUACCACUGGCUGCUGAACUGGAUCUCGCACCAUGCCAAGCACACACAGCACCUGAGCGUGGAGACAUCCUACCUGCAGCAUGAGAGUGGCCGCGUCAGCACCAAGUUCGACUUCGUCCCCAGCCCUGGGAACCAUUUCAUCUGGUACCGGAGGAAGUGGAUUCGCAUUGAGCGCAACCGGGAGAAACAGAUGAUUGACCUGCACACUGGGACCCCUUGGGAAUCCGUCACCUUCACUGCGUUGGGCACCAACCGGGAGAUCUUCUUCAACAUCCUCCAGGAAGCCCGGGCGCUGGCUCUGCAGCAGCAGGAGGGCAGGACCGUCAUGUACACGGCCAUGGGAGCGGAGUGGCGGCAGUUCGGCUUCCCCCGCCGCCGCCGCCCGCUGCGCUCCGUGGUGCUGGACGAGGGGGUGUCGGAGAGGCUGCUGCAGGACGUCAGGGAGUUCAUCGAGAACCCGCAGUGGUACAGCGAGCGAGGGAUCCCAUACCGGAGAGGCUACCUGCUGUACGGCCCGCCUGGCUGUGGGAAGAGCAGCUUCAUCACCGCGCUGGCCGGGGAGCUGCAGUACAGCAUCUGCCUGCUGAGCCUCAGCGACCGCAGCCUCUCCGAUGACCGCCUCAACCACCUCCUGAGCGUGGCCCCGCAGCAGAGCAUCAUCCUGCUGGAGGACGUGGACGCUGCCUUCGUCAGUCGGGACCUCGCUGCCGAGAACCCUGCUGUGUACCAAGGCAUGGGGCGCCUGACCUUCAGUGGCCUCCUCAACGCCCUGGAUGGUGUGGCCUCCACAGAGGCCAGGAUUGUCUUCAUGACCACCAACUACGUGGACAGGCUGGACCCGGCGCUGGUGCGGCCCGGGCGCGUGGACCUCAAGCAGUACGUGGGGCACUGCUCCCGCUGGCAGCUCUCCCGCAUGUUCCAGCGCUUCUACCCGGAGCAGGCCCCGGCCGCCGCCGAGCGCUUUGCAGAGCAGGCGCUGGCAGCCUCAGAGCAAAUCAGUGCUGCCCAGGUGCAGGGCCACUUCAUGCUCUACAAGUCAGACCCCAGAGGAGCCAUUGACAAUAUACGCUCCAUUCUGCAGUGACAAGGGAUGAGCCCUGUCCCGCCACUCUGUGAGACCUGGGAAUUGCUGGCGC